UAAUAAAAGUUAUGAUGAAAUAUUAAAAAAUAAAAAUCAAUAGAUAGAAACAGAACUUUCUAGGAAAACUGGAUCUAAAUCUUGCAGAAAUUAGUUUUAGAACCACACAUUACAUCACAAUACCAAGAGGUGCUCCAAAUGAUCACUUUGAACGCAAAUUAAAGGAAUGAUGGGAAAAAAUCAUCUUGCCUUCCUGUCCACUUGUGAGGUGUCGUUAUAGCUCACAUCCUGAACGUACUCUGGUAAUCCAAUCACACUGACCUCUAGGCUGUUCCUCCCAUAACCCCCUUCCCCCCCACCCCCAUCUUAAGCCUCUGGACAUUUUCUCUGGCUGUGCCUCAUACCUGGAAUAUUCUCCUUCCUCAUCUCCAUCUCUCGGCUUCCUCGAUUUCCUUCAAGAUUCAGCUAAAAUUCCCAUCAUCCACAAGAAGUCUUUCCCCAUCACUCCUGGUACUAGUGCCUUCACUGAAGAUGGGAGAUUCGGGGUUCCAAUCUGGCCUCUUUUAGACACCUUCUAGCUGGGGUGACCCUGGGCAAAUCUUCACCCUCAUUGCCUAGCCUUUGACGCUCCUCUCUGCCUUGAGACCAAUACUUAGGAGUGAUUCUAACACAGAAGGUGAGUUAAAAAAGGCUAAUAUUAGCUCUACAACGUCUGCUCCAUUUAUCCUGUCUCUUUCUUGCUUGUUCAUAGUCUCUUCCGCCAGAAUGCUUUUUCUGAAAUGGUGAAUCUGUUCCACAAUGGAUUGGAGGAACAAUUUGAGCAUAAUUGAAUUUUGUGUCUGUUUACGCAGUUCCAGCUGCCCAUAGAUCAGUGCAAUCACUUCACCAGCGUGGACAGGGUUCAGCCCUGUGGGCUUUCCAACACCCAUGAAAGCGUGGGAACUUGGGGCGUCUUUCACGGCACAGGGCCCUCCUGGAUGCCGCUCAGGCCCUGGAGGAGCUGCGGGCUGUGCCAUCUUCCGCUACCUCGAGGAGGCCCUCUCGUCCUCCGUGACUCCCCUUAGCCCUCCCGGGUCCCGGGGAACCUGGGCCACCGACGACGACGGCGGCCUCUUUUGUAGAUCCGAUCGAACUGGGCCGCCGUCUUUGGCGGGUCCUUCCCUUUCUGUCGAUCCAUCACUGAUGACGUGUAUGUGUGUGUUGCGUCCCCGAAUUCCUUUUCCUCAGCUCUGGGAUGCUUCCUGCGUUGCUGCUUCUCUGUGAUCACGGCCCAUUUGACCGAGAAUUCCUUGAAGUCGAGGUCUGAGCUUUCCCUUUCUGGGAAUCCCGGCCUGAAGGAGGCCUUUCAGGAAUGCUGCUUGCUUUGAUGUGACCAGGAGUCGGGGGUGCCGGCCCGGGCAGGGUUCCCCUUGGCAGGGCAGAGCUGAGAGGAGACUGGCCAGCGCAGGAGGCUGCGCACAAGAGAGGAGAGGCUGGGCCGAGGCGGAGACGGCCUCAGGAGAAAAACAGAUCCAUUCCAGACAGGCAGACAGGCGGACAGACGGUGCUUGGAUCGGGGAAUCACUGACCGGCGGGAAGGCAGAGCCGGGAUCAUCUUUUGUGUGUCUCUAGGGUGGGCCGGGGGGCCGCUGAGGUGGCAACAGGAAGGGAGCUCCGGGCCGGGGAUUGGGAAGACCCAAGUCCGGCUCCAUCCUCAGAUGUCAGCUCUGCGAUCCAGGGAGAGGCGCGUCACCCUGUGGGCCUCAGUUUCCCCACCUGUCAAAGGAGCUGGAGAAGGAAAUGGCAAACCACUGCAGUGCCCAGACCAAGAACCCCUCAGGAGGGCGACGUCCGAGGGGGCACAAAGGGGGUCCCAGCUGAAGAGCAAAUGAAGGCUCGGCCAAAAGGAAGCCCAGAGUCAGAGAGGAGGGGGGGAAACUGGGAGGGCGAAGUCCAGGCAUGUCUGUGCCAGCCUCAGGCCCGGCACCCUCCCCUUGGCCAGGGUUGCCAGGCGCCAGCCUCAGCCCCAAACACAAGCAGGAGGCCUUGGAGACGGCAGCUGGCCCAGGCCCCAGGCUCCACCCUGGCUGGCCGGUCAGGCGUGCCGCACGGCUUCCCCCACACUCGCUUCCUGGCCUCGGACUGGGGUGUCUCCGGCUCGUCUGCCGAGCGGCGGCACAGAGAUGGCGUCGGGGCCGCCCGGGGCUCCGGGACCCUUUCUGUGCCCGGCCUGCGACAUGGUCUUCCCGACGGGGACGCUCCGGGACAGCCACGCUCAGCGCUUCUGCAUCGGCCACCUCACGCCGGAGAAGAGCCCGGCCCGGCCCGCGGCCUCCCUCCCACUGGACAUGGACGCCCAAGGCGGCCCGGCGGAGGCCAGUGGAGCCACCCUGAAGAAGCUGACGGAUGAGGUACAAAGGCUGCGCAUGUCACUGCAUGGGAUGAGCCGCCCCCAGAAGGCGGCCGCAGCGCCCCGGGCACGCCUGGAAGAAGCGCACGCUUGGCGCCUGGCAGAGAUCGGGGCCCAGGCGCGGAGUCUGGAGAAGCUGCGGGCAGGUACGGCCGGGCCUGGGAGGGGGACCUGGGCCCCCCUUGGGGCGCCAGGACAGCCUCCCUCUCCCGCAGAGAUCGGGCAGCAGCUCAGCAGCCUGGCGGGGGGCACCGGUGUGCUGGGGCAGCUGAUGCUGGCGAUCGAGGCCCAGGAGGAGAGGACGCGGCAGGCUCUGGAUGCUCUCGGGGACCGCGUGGAGAGGCUGCAGGCGCGGGCUGAGCCGGGCCUCCCGCCAGGGUCGAACAAGAACGAAGGGGCCCUCCCGGGCCUUGCGGACCUGCCGGCCAGCCCGCAAAGCCUCAUGUCGGAGAUCUGGGCCCUGCACACAUCCUAUCUCCAGGCGGGGGGCAGGGACCCCAGAGUCCUGGCCGGGAUAGGGGAGCUCUACCUGGAGGCGGCCCUGGUGGAAGGGAGGCCUCGGCAGAAGCGAAAGGCCAGAGCCGGCCCCCCGCCGCCGGACAGCCAGCUGCAGACCCUGGAAGUGAUGAACGGGCAGCUGGAGGCCGAGAUCCUGGCUCUGCAGAUCCAGAGAGGAGCCCGCAGGGCCCCGCACGGCCUGCAGGAGCUGCAGCUCAAGGAGGACCGAGGAAGAGGAGGCUCUGCCCGCCGGCCACCCCCUGUGGCCCCACCGUUGCCACGGCCUCCCCCAGGACCCCCCAGGGAUCCCCCUUUUCUGGGCAUGAUGGAGACAAGGGGAGCCCCGGCACAGAGCCUCCACCUGCUGGCCCCGGCCGAUGUGCUGGGCCCGGCUCCCUACGACCCGGGGGCCGGCUUCACCAUCUUCUAUGACUUCCUGCUGGGCCUGGAGCCGGAGUGGUCGCAGGUGCAGCUGGUGACUGGCCUGGCCAGGAAUGGGCAGGAGAGCGGCCCCAGCACCGUCCUCCCCGCCAGGCCCUGCCUGCCUCUGCCCCCCUCCGCAGGGGCCCCCCCGGGCAGCUGUGCCAUCCUGGCAGCCAGGCAGCCUGUGCCCAGGUUGCCACCCUCCCCGGCUGCCAGCCUGGUGGCAGAGCUGCGGGUCUGGGGUCUCUGGGCGGGGGGCCGGGAGCCCCGGGCCCAGGCUUGGAGCAGCCUGCGGCUCUUUGACCGGGAGCAGAGGGUGCUGAGCGGGCGCUGGAGGCUGCCUCUGAGGGUCCUGCCCCGGGAGCCCGGCCUCCAGUCUGGGCAGCUCAACGCCAUCCCUCAGGCCGGCAGGACUGAGCUAUACCUGAGAAUAGCGAACGCCAGAGACGCGGAGACCCAGGCCUUGGCCGCCAUAGACCCAGCUCAGGGCCCCGAAUACCGCUACAUGCCCUCUGUGAGUGGGGGCCGGGCGUCGGGGUCAUGCAGUCUGGGUGGAGGCUGCAUCAGGCCCCUAACACGUGCUUUCCCACAGGGACCCCCCCACUCUCUGGAGGACAACCGCCAGAACCCCCAUUUCCUAGGACCCCCCAGCCUGCUCCCCUCCCUCUGCCUAUGGGACGGCUUCAAUGACCCUCCCCCCACGGCAGAGUAGCUGCCAGGCUGCUCCCAGCUCCUUCCCUCCCUCAACUCUUUCUCCAGCCAUCAGGGACCCCGGGAAGACUGGGGGGGGGGAGGGGGGGGCCACGCGGAUGGGACAGCGGGCAGCGGCUGGCACCAACAAGCAGGACGACGACGUGCCCAUCAGUCAGUGAAGCCCAGCCAGUGAAGUCACUCGGCACCCCGAGGGAAUUCUGGGGGCAGAGGCCGGGGCAGAUCGCUGGCAGGGGGGCCCUUUAGCGUGGCACGAAGCGCCCCAUCCACCCCCCCCCCCAAGCGACAGAGACUGGCCUGACCAUCCACACCUCAGGAAGGACGUUUCUAUCGAAGCCAGACACUGCCAAUGGGCACGUCCAGGUGGCCGGAGGCCUCUUUACUUUCCUUGGAGGGUCCCCAGACCUCUGCUGGCGAAGCAGUGACCACCUGGAGCCUGGCACUGGCCGGCCACAUUGUGAUUGCCCCCCCCAGCCUCAACGUUCUCUUCCCCCAAAUGGGGCAAAUCUUAGCUUGUCACCUGGCCCAAAGCCUCUGCUGAGUGGCUUCCCUGAACCGCCCCAAAGGGCUAAAUAAGUAGUGAGGCCCCGGCCUGGGAGACAGGCUGCGGUGGAGGCCAUCUGGGCCAGGACCCCAGGAACCUACUGGCUCCUUCCCAACCAUCAGCCUCACCUCUGCCCCUCCCUCCUGAACUCCUUUUUGGAGUGCUUUUCCCUAUGCCAGGGAUGCCCUCGGAAUGGGGGGGGGGUCCUCCCCCAGGAGGCGCCUUUCUUUGGCCCCGUCUGCUUGGACAGGACUUUUCCUGAACCCAGGCUGGCAGAGAGGAUUUUCUGGAGGGCAUCUGCUGUGCCACUGUGCCAAGGUCAGACACCCAACCAGCCUCUAGGUGCCUCCUCCAGCCCCCUGGGGAGGUGGGUGAGGCCACCCCAGGCUUCACAGCCUUUCCCAGCUGAUGGGAUUUCCCUUCAUGCAAGCCCUCAGGCAGGCAGGUAACCCCCCCAGCCCCGGCCUCCAGGAACCUGAUCCCCCCAAAGAGGGCCACGUGUCAUGCUUAGCACCCAAAAUCCCAGCGCCCAGUCUCAUUAGUCUCAGGACAAGGAAGGGUUCACUGUUCUCUAACCCUCAGUGCCUGGCUGAACCUUUUACUCCUCCCUGACUCACCCCAAGGGCUAACCCUGCUUCCCAGACAAAGGGACGGACAUUUCUUCAGCCCCUACCAGAGGGGACCAGAAACCACCAGGGCGUCUCUCGCAGAAGCCAGCUGACCCUAGAGUGGUCCGCUUCUCCCCCAGGGGGUGCCUUUUAGAGGCCAACUAGGACAUCCCCAAAGGUGGAAAACCUGAGAUGGUCCACAGAAGCCCCAGGAGGGCGCUCCAGUCUUUCCAGAACCCCAAAAAGAGCUGAGAGAAAUGGGCUGGGAAUGGGAGCCUGGGAGCUCCUGGGUCCCUCCUCUGUCCUCUCCGGUGUAAAGUAGGCCAGACCCACGAACACAAGGGGAGUGCA